UAUGUUAUAUAGCACAAUGGACCAGACGAAUAUCCACGCCGAGGCGCCAUAACGCUUAUUUUUCACACCAUUCUAUUUAUCUUUAUAAGAGUUUUCAUAUCGUAUUAUAAUAGGAGGAAGUUUGUAUAUCCGCUGCAUUGGCUGCAUUAAUUUCUUACAAUUUUGUAAUCUAUAUCAAUAAAAGAUGCCAGGGAACGUGUUAAAUGGCGAUCAUAUUGAUAUAAAAAGUACCAAUUAUGAACUUCAAGAGAAUGAAGAUGAGAGCAUUGAAAAUAUACAUUUUGAACCUAUAAUCUCUUUGCCUUUGAUAGAAGUAUCAAACAAUGAAGAAGAUGAAAUAGAAAUGUUAAAAUUGCGAGCAAAAUUGUAUCGUUAUGAUACAUCAAAUAUUCCAGCAGAAUGGAAGGAACGUGGUACUGGAGAAGUCAAAUUGUUAAGGCACAAAACAAAAAACACAGUUAGAGUAGUCAUGCGUAGAGACAAAACUCUUAAGAUUUGUGCUAAUCAUUUUGUGACUCCAUGGAUGGAAUUAAAACCAAAUUGUGGCAGUGAUAGAGCAUGGGUCUGGAGUGUACUUGCUGAUUAUGCAGAUGAACAACUUAAACCUGAAUUACUUGCAAUUCGUUUUGCAAAUACUGAAAAUGCAUCAGCUUGGAAAGAAGCAUUUGAGAAAGCUAAAAAGAUUGUAGGAUCUGAAUGUGAGAUUUAUGCUGGUAAAAGCAGCCCAGAACAGAAACACGUAGAAAGCGAUAGUGAACCUAGCAGCGAUGUAAGCUAUGAUGAAAGUACAGAUAACGAAGAAGUCAAAUCAUCUAAGCAGAAUGAAAAAUGUAAUACAAUUCCUGAACAGGAAGAAAUUGAAAACAAGAUAACGAUGCCGAUGGAAAAAGAUAUAGUAACAAAUGACAAAAUAAUCAAAGAAAUUACAAAAUUGAAUUUGAAAGACGAUAAUGAGCAAAAAUAAUGAAUCAUAUAUAAAGACAUACGAACACGGAGUUUAUCAAACGGAACAUUCCGAUAUUAUGCACACAAAUAUGCAUAUUACAUAUUGUUGAUAUUUCAUUAUUUGAACAAUGACAUACAGGAAUAUAUUUUUUAGUAAUAAUGUUAUGGAAAAAUAUAAUAAACUUCCAAAUCGUGCUGUAAAAUCGUAUUUUUUUUAGUGUUGCACAUAUCGCUCAUUUGCUGCAACAGUAACAUAACUAAAAAAAAUCACGAUUUUCCAAAGAAAACGAGUUUUAAUGUUUUACAUCGUUAUAAAAUGUGACGAUGCAAUAGUAACACAACUA